AUGGAAUACACCAACUUCCGGGAUCACCACAUCGGAGGGUUUGUCUUCUCCCUGCCGGAACGGCUGGAGCCGGCCCAGCUCAUCGGGUCCGGAGUCUGUGGGGCCAUAUGCUCGGCCCAGGAGAAGGACUCCCACUCGUGGGUGGCCAUCAAAAUGCUCAACCGCGACAACCCCCUCAUUGAGGAGAUCUCUCCGGAGGUCACGCCAGAGGCCUUUGAAGACAACCAGCGCAAGUACCUCCGACAGCUGUACCGCGAGCUGACCAUCAUGAAGUAUAUGCAGCAUGAGAAUAUCGUGGCCCUCUUGGGAAGCUUCAUCGAUCCGCAGGAUAACAUAUACCUGGUCCAGGAGCUCAUGAGCGCCGACCUCUCCCAGGUAUUGGAGGCCCGAUCACUGACGACCACGCACAUCCGAUACUUCGCGUAUCAGCUCCUCCGCGGGCUGAAGUAUAUGCACUCGGCUGGCAUUGUACACCGGGACCUUAAGCCCUCGAACAUCAUGAUCAACGAGCAGUGCGAUCUGAAAAUCAUCGACUUCGGCCUGGCCCGCUUCAACCCCAACACCCUGGACCCGGGGGAUCUGAGCUCCUCGCGGGAGGUGCUUUUCCCCGAUUCGCAAAACCCCCUUCUCAUGACGGAAUACGUGACAACCCGGUACUACCGGGCACCGGAGAUUCUCUUCCACUAUCCUCACUACUGCCAAGCAGCCGACGUCUGGAGUGCCGGGUGCAUCAUCGCCGAGAUGAUCAUUCGGCAGGUGCUCUUCCCCGGAGGCAAUCCCAUCGAGAUGGUCCAGCUCUGGUCGACGCUCCUCGGGCCGCCAGGAGACGAGUUCUUGGAAACCAUCGGCUGCUCUAAUAUCAUCUCCUACCUCCGCAGCCUGCCCCUGGACCCGGGCUCGGGACACCCCUCGCUGGAUGACAUGAUCUUCCCGGAUGCCCGGGCCAUCCUCGAGAAGCUGCUGGUCUACUCCCCGGCCGACCGGAUCACCGCCGAGGAUGCCCUCGGCGACCCGUACUUCGCGCAGUUCCACGACCCCAAUGACGAGCCGACCGCCCACGAGCUCCGGGAUCGGUGGACCAUGCACUCGCGACAUCUCACCUGCGACCAAUGGCGUGCCCUCAUUUCCGAGGAGGUGUCCGGCCCCUGCUCCUCGGUGGAGUCGUCGGCCCGGCGGGCCCGGCGUGGGCUUUCGAUCUCCCGGCCCGAGCUCCUGCCGGAGGCCCUGCUGGCCCGGGACAGCGGGUGGCAGCCGGCCGCGGCGGCCCCACCGCCGGGACAGCCGGCGGCCCCCCCGGGCCCCGAGCAGCACCCCCGGCCCCUGCUGGCCGAUGGUGGGGGGGGAGAUCCCCACAAGCGCCUCGACAGCGACCCCCUGCAGAUGGGCCGCUGGUCGGAGGUGGUGUCCGACGACGGGACCCUGGCCGAUGUGUCGAGCGCCGGGCAGGGCGGCACCAGCAGCGAGGAGUCCAUGCCCCUGGGCCGGCGAUCGGCCUCCGGCGCCACGCCGCUGCCCGCCGCGCUCCUCCCCUCCCGGGGCGAGGGCAAGUGGAAGAGAAGGGCCAGAUGA